UAGGAGUUUAUUGAGGCAAAAGUCGUAGUUAACGGUUUGUUAAUUUCAUUCAGGCAGCUUCAUCUUGACAAGUGAACUCUGCCAUAAAAUUAAUAAUUUCACCAAUUCAUUUAGAUUUUUUUUCUUACUUUCUUUACAGUCUCAAAGGGAGAAAAUGGAUGAAUUUGAAAACACCAGCACAGACUACAACUACACCGACUUCUAUACUGAUAUAGAGGAACCGUGUUCAAUGGACCGCAGACAGGACAUGGAGAACUUCCUCCACUUUUUUGUUCACCCCAUCAUUUGUUUAGCUGGUUUCAUUGGCAACGCCCUCGUAAUUGUGACGUACGCUCUCUACAAGCGAACCAAGUCCAUGACUGACGUGUACUUACUGAACGUGGCCAUCGCUGACAUCCUGUUUGUGGUGGCCUUGCCUUUGAUAAUUUACAGCGAGCAGCACGGGUGGUCCAUGGGGGACUUGUCUUGCAAGCUGUUGCGUGGCAUCUACAGCGUGAACCUCUACAGUGGCAUGCUGCUCCUGGCUUGCAUUAGUGGAGAUCGCUACCUUGCCAUCGUACAGGCCCGCCGUUCCUACCGGCUGCGUUCAAGCACUCUGCUUUACAGCCAUCUGGUCUGCGCAGCCGUCUGGUUGUUGGCCUUGCUGCUGUCACUGCCCACCUUCAUGUUUUAUGAGCGUUACCAACCCGGCCCAAUGGAAUCCAGCUUUUUAAGCAGUGACGACCAGAAUUAUGUGUGCUUUUUCAUGUUUAAGUCGAACCAAACUGCACGUGUGAUGAAAACUGUGGUGCCCAGCUCUCAGAUUGCGUUGGGUUUCUUCUUGCCGCUGCUGAUCGUGGGAUUCUGUUACGCCAGUGUCAUUGUCACCCUCCUUCGGGCCAAGAACUUUCAGAGACACAAGGCAGUGCGUGUGGUCCUCACUGUGGUCCUUGUGUUUGUGGUCUGCCAUAUGCCUUAUAAUAUGGCGCUGUUGUAUUAUACCAUCAACAUGUUUGAACUGCAGGAAUGCAGCCAUGAGGAAUCUGUCGCACUAACCAUGACCAUCACGAAAAGCUUGGCGUACCUGCACGCUUGUCUCAAUCCCCUGCUGUAUGCCUUCAUCGGAGUGAAUUUCAGAAACCACUUCCGGAAGAUCCUACGGGACAUCUGGUGCUUGGGGAAGAACUACAUGUCAGCAAGACGCUCCUCACGGGCCACCACUGAAAUGUACAUUUCCACACGCCGCUCUAUGGAUGGCUCGUACAAUGACAAUGGCACUUCGUUUACCAUGUGAUUAUGCGCUAAUUAAGGGCAAAGUGCCCAGCAUUUUGACUGACAGACUGAUUAGCAUUGAUCAAAAAUGGAAAUUCAGUCAUCA